AAUAUUAACGAAAUGACAAUCUUUUGGACGAUUUUUCGAGGAAAAAUCCGCCCUCGAAGGGCUUUAUUAAAAUAAUGUUCUGUAAAAUAUAUAGACCACGUGGCUGUGUUACCACGUGGUCCGUGCCCGCGUUUUGGCUGUAUACCCGAAUUCUGUGGGUAAUGUACACCUUUUUUGUGGUUCUCUUCCGUGCUAUGCCCACGAUUUUGUGAUGAUGUCAACGAUUUUGUGGUUCUCUUUCGUGUUAUAUGUUCGCGAUUUUUUGGUCCUCUUCCGUUAGAUUCACGAUUUUUUUUUUUUUCCAAAGAGAAUCAAAAAAUCGUAUACAUAGAACACGCACAUUACCUACAGUCAAGCGCAUGACCACUCUCUCUCCAUCAUUAUUCUCCUCCUCAUUCUUCUCUUUGGUUUCUAUUUGCAAACAACGUACGCUCCUUGAAAGCUCCACCUGGCUCCACCGGUCAUUUCGUCGUAAAUAUAAAUAAAAUAAUCACUCGUGGAACGAAAUUAAGAAGUGACAAGCUGUAUCGAUUUCCUCGAAAUUUGAAUCGUGUUUUCUCGUACGUAAUGGGCAAGAGGAAGGCCACGGGAAACGCGAACAAUCCAAAUCAGGACCUGUGCGACUUUUUGUCGGAACUGGCAGAUUAUGAACGUAAUGUCAAUAAGAACGUCUUCAAGUACAAUGCGUAUCGCAAGGCGGCUGGGACAUUGGGCGCCCUGACGGAGAGAGUCAAGAGCGGCGAGGAGGCGAAGAAGCUACCUGGAAUAGGAGCGAAAAUCGCGAAGAAGAUAGACGAAUUUUUACAAACUGGGAAACUGCAGAAGCUGGAGGAUAUUAAGAAGGAUGAUACUAAUGUCGCCAUUAGUCUGUUAGCCCGGGUGUCUGGCAUAGGUCCUGCCAAAGCGAGGGAAUUGGUGGACGCUGGUGUCAAGACAUUGGAGGAUCUCAAGAAGCAUCAGGAUAAGCUUACGCAUCAUCAGAAACUGGGAUUGAAGUACUUCGAUGACUUUGAGAAGAAAAUACCUAGAGCAGAAAUUGCGCAGAUAGAGAAGAUACUGAAGAGUGCCAUCAAGGAGCUUGACAGGGCUUACUUCGUGACCAUCUGUGGAAGUUACAGACGCUGCAAAGAGGAAAGCGGCGAUAUCGACGUUCUCGUGACGCAUCCUGAUUAUACGUCGAAAGCGAGGGACGAGAAGAAGAAGGCCGUAUCGUUAAAAGCAAUUGUUGAAUGUCUUGAAAAGAAACGACUGAUUACGGACACGAUCUCGCUUGGAUCUACUAAAUUUAUGGGAGUGUGUCGGUUACCCGAGGAUGAAAGCAAGCCUUUCAGACGAUUGGACAUACGUCUCACGUUUUACGAUCAAUAUUAUUGCGCCAUACUCUAUUUCACGGGAAGUGAUCUGUUUAACAAGAAUAUGAGAGCACAUGCAUUGGAAAAGAAGUACACUCUGAAUGAAUAUGCACUGAAGCGUCUCACAGCUGAAGGUUGUCCGGGAGAAGCGGAGAAAAUUACAUCUGAAGAGGAUGUCUUCAAAUUCUUAGAUUUACCCUACAAAGAGCCCAAAGACAGAAAUGUGUAAACGAUGAUAUAUUCCUUUUUUUUUAUUUAUUUAUAAUAAUUUAUUGCCACACACAAAUAUUUGAUAUAUUAUUAUUCAUA